AUGCCUAAACAAUUUGCUUUGCUUGAACAAAAACUACAGGUCGAUGCUAUUGUUAAUUCAGUCCAUUUCAAGCAACAUCAUGAAGGAAAUAUUGCAAGUAGCCUGUCUAAAUCAGGCGGAAAAGCAUACCAAACGGAAUGUAAAAGUGCUUUUAAGAAAAUGACUAAUGAUGAUAUUGCAAUCACUGACGGCAAAUACUUUGGUUGUAAGAAAGUUUAUCAUAUUCCAUUCUUAAGUUCUGACCGGUCAUUACAAUCGCUGAAAGCUAAACUACUAGAAUGUCUACGUCUUGCUAGCAAAGCUCAAAUGAAUUCAAUAGCUAUACCUGUGAUAGGAAUUGAUGAAAAUCAUUUACAUUAUAAUCAAAUAGCAAGAGAAACAUUCCGUGUCAUUAUAAACUUUGCUCAAGAAAAUCAAAGUUCGCAAAAACUAAUCCUAAUACAAAUUGUUAUCGACAAUAACGCAAGAUGUCAUCAGGCUUUCCAGAAGGUUUUGAAAGCAGUCAACGAGCAACAAUUAAGCCUAGACGAAAAUACUGAAAUUUCACUUAUAACACAAAAUUUUAACCAGACAACAAAAGAACAGAGUCCGCUAUCGAAUGCUGUCUUUAUAGCAGAGUGUGAUAACUAUCAAGAAUCAUGUAAAGUAUGCGUGGAAUAUGGUACAACCCUGCACACCGAAAGUCAAGUUUUAAUCGACAUUACAAAUUUGUGUAGUCAACACUUGAUAUCGAGUAAAUUAACGGAAAAUUUUCGAUUUCCGACAUCUGACCAUACUUCAGAAACGAUACAAUUCGAUCCUAGUUGUACAGAAACACCGCAAUUAUGUCAAGUUUGCCCCUACGGAUUAAUAGCCGGUUUUGGUGUUUUAUUAACUUGCCUUAAUGCAAGUGGUAGAAAAUCAAUCUUAUGUCCCUUAUUAAAUGUCGAUUUUAGUAGGGAAGAUAUACACAAAUUGAUAUUGAAGUAUGAAUUAUUCUUAAAUCAGCAUAAAUCACAUAAAAGUAAAAUUAAUUGUAUUCGUUUCUUAAUGGGUCAAAAGCAGCGUGCUUUAGAAACUGCUACUUGGAUUCGGCAGUAUAUCAGACAAAAUCCAAAAUUGCAAUGGAAAAUCACUCACGACAUUCAUGAAGAUGUUGAUGGUAUUAAGAUUUUGAUUGCUGCAUACGAUCAAGAGACGAUCUUUAAAAUUCAAUCGAAGAUAGAAGAAUGUGUUCCAUCGUGGACUACUCAAAUUCUUCCGGUUGAUAAUUACAUAUGUAAUAUGGAAAAUGAUCACUGGCAUCGUUAUGCACUUGAACUAUGGUGCAAAUACAACACCUUCAUUAGUAGAAAACCUAAACAAGAUUCUAGUAGGAAUUUACUACUUUACGGCUUCAACAACGAUAUAACCAACGCAAUAUCAGAAAUUCGUCAACUCACAAAGUUAAAAUUAGAGCAAUUUGCUAUAAAAGAAGAGCAAGAAUUGAAUGUCAAUUCUGUCGCAUGGGUACUUAAAGUUGGCAAUAUAAGCUAUCCUUUCGAUCAAAAAUUAAACUACCAAAUAGAAAAAAACUACAAGAAUUUUGAAAAAACUAAAAAUUGCCAACGUAUUAAUAACUUUAGCUUUUAUAUCAGAGCCAUAGAUUACAAAAAUAUGAAGAUAGAAACAAGAUAUGAUUGGCAAUAUAGUAUAGACAGAAUUAUUUACCAAGGAUUGAAUUAUGUAGGGCGAUACCUUAAGUGUGUUUCUGUGGAAGAUAUCGAUGUGCCGGAUUAUUGGCAAUAUGACUCUAUUGACGAAGUCAAAUAUGGACCUCCUCGGAUUAUGGAUGUGGUAAAUGAGAAAGAGCGAAAAGAAUUAUUUGAUCUCAUAGGAUCACGAGGCAUUAAAGUUACUAAAUUUCAGCGAGUGCAAAAUUGGAAUUUAUAUUAUCAUUUUCAACAGAGAAAAAAAGAAAUAGAAGCUUCAGUGAUUAAAUAUAAGGCUUCAGUGCCCGUUGAAAGGCGUUUAUUUCAUGGAACCAAGAGUCAAAAUGUUGAAAAUAUUUGUAGAGCAGGAUUUGAUAUUAAUAACUGUGGUAAUGCACUAGGUUUUUUGUAUGGUAAAGGAGUCUACUUCGCAAAUCAGCCGAAAAAGGCCUUACGUUACGGCAAUAAGUUAUUACUUGUUCGCGUCUUAACUGGAAUUUAUGCCCAAUCUAACUGCAGAGAUAAACCUAACUUGCAAACAAUUCCCGGUAGUCCAGCAAAACGCGUUCAUUCUUCUGUUGAUCAGUUUCGUAAUCCAACGAUUUUUGUUAUCUCUAAUGAUAAUGCAGCUUAUCCAGAAUACAUUUUGCAUGGGUACUAUUAA